AUGGACGAGUUGAUAGCUGAGUUCGUCCGGGUCCAACAAGCACAACAGGCGAAUGUUCUCCCCCUCACCUCCCGUCUGAACAGGUUCCGCUGCAUCGUAUACCCCUUCAAGCAGAAGCUGACAAUCUCCACCUCCACACUGAUCAUCAUCAUCAUCUGGGUGCUGGCUAUCUCCAUAAUGUGUCCCUCAGGGGUCAUGCUCCAGGUGACCAAGGAGCAGCGUGUCCUUAUCCUACUGGGGGACGGCUACAACAACACCCGCCCCUUCUACUGGUGCCGUGAGAACUGGCCCAAUCAAGAGAUGAGGAAGAUCUACACCACCGUCCUAUUCGCUAACAUCUAUCUAGCCCCAUUAUCACUCAUUGUCAUCAUGUACGCCCGCAUCGGAUUCACCCUCUUUAAGACGGCCAUACCCUCCUCCGGCGGGUGCAGUGGUAGUGGCAGCAGCGGUGGGACGAAACCCAGCCUGGACAACAACCGUCAGUCGAAGAAGAAGAAGAGGGUGAUCAAGAUGCUGUUGGUAGUAGCGCUUCUCUUCAUCCUGUCAUGGCUCCCGCUGUGGACGCUGAUGAUGCUAAGCGACUACGCCAGCCUGACGGCAAGCCAGCACCGCAUCAUCAACAUCUACGUGUACCCGCUGGCCCACUGGCUGGCCUUCUUCAACUCCUCCGUCAACCCCAUCAUCUACGGCUUCUUCAAUGAGAACUUCCGACGGGGGUUCCAGGCCGCAUUUAAAUUCCAGCUGUGCUCCGCAGUCAUGGAGCGGCAGAAGACCUACUCGCAUCUGGUAGCCUAA